AUGGCCAGGACAGGGGAAGGGGAGCGAGAGCGCAGAGGAAGCGCCCAACUAGACCACUACCCCAGGAAGCCCAGCUACCGCCUCGUCGUGGCACUGAACAUCACCACCGUCCUGGAGCGCCGCUCUCCCGGGGUCGUGACGGUCUCCCUUUUCCCAGCGGCUGCCACCAACGCUGCCGGUCAAGGAGCUGUAGUUCGCUGUCAACCGGAGCCCCAUUCAUACGAGGGGGCGUCCGAGUCCAGGCUAGACUACACUGCCCAGAAUGGCGCGCGCCCGUACGUCAGGCUGCGACUGUGGCUUUGUGGCUCCUCUCAUCAAGAAGUCAAGUCCAUUUCUUCACCCUUGAAGCUGGACUUGGCAGGAGUCAGUUCUCUUGAUCACCGGGGCAUGGCUGACAUGACACUGGGAGAGCAAAGCACAGAAGCAUUUGCCUUUGGGGACUUGCUGAGCACCACAUGA